AAAAAACCGGUUGUACAAAGAACCUUAUCUCAUUCCCAUCCUAUAUAAUAUGGUAACUAGAUGGGUUGUAAGCAAAGAGCAAUAAGUCCUUUUGGGAGUUUUGUAUCUAUCUUCAUUGAUUUCUCGUAUUUCAGAAAGAUCGAGAUGGAUUAUGUGAGUACUAGUGCACUGCUCUUUUCGUUGACAUGCAUUGUCACAUACUUUGUUGUUUCACUUCAUGCAAGAAGCAAAAAUUCAAACUACAAGCUUCCACCUGGACCUUCCUUUUUCACUAUCAUGUCAAAUGUUGUUGGAUUGUACAACAAACCACAACAAACACUUGCAAAAUUUGCUAAGUUUUAUGGUCCUGUUAUGCGUAUAAACCUAUGCACUGAAACCACUAUAAUAAUCUCUUCUUCUGAUAUGGCCAAAGAAAUUCUCCAUACUCAUGAUUCUUUGUUCACUGAUAGAUCUGUUCCUCAUAACACUACAAUUUACAACCACGAAAAUCUUAGCCUAGUUUUCCUCCCAUUUUCACCUCUUUGGCAACACCUUAGGAAAGUAUGUCAUAAUAAUCUAUUCUCUACCAAAACUCUUAACGCAAGUCAAGAACUAAGACGUGUGAAACUCAAAGAUCUUCUCAAUGAUAUGCAUAAAAGCAGUUUAACUGGUGAAGCUGUUGAUAUUGGAAGAGCUGCUUUCAAAGCUUGCAUUAAUUUUUUGUCGUACUCUUUUGUGUCUCAAGAUUUUGUUGAGUCUUUGGAUGACGAGCAUAAGGAUAUAGUUUCCACUCUCCUGAAAGCAAUUGGAACACCAAACAUCUCUGAUCAUUUCCCUGUGUUGAAGAUUCUUGACCCACAGGGCAUUAAAAGACUCACUCAUAAUUAUGUUUCAAAGGUUUUUUUUGCCUUAGAUAUCAUAAUUGACAAGCGAAUGAAGUUAAGAGAAAGUGAACAUUAUGUCUCGAACAAUGACAUGUUAGACGCCUUGUUGGACAUUUCCAAAGAAGAUACUCAGAAAAUGGACAAAAAGCAGAUUAAACAUCUAUUACUAGAUUUACUUGUGGCAGGAACAGAUACAACAGCAUAUGGAUUAGAAAGAGCACUAUGCGAACUAGUACACAAUCCAGAGAUUAUGUCAAAAGCCAAAACGGAACUUGAGGAGACUAUUGGAAUAGGAAAUCCAGUUGAUGAAUCAGACAUGGAUAGGCUUCCAUACUUACAAGCAGUGGUAAAAGAGAGUUUACGUUUACACCCUCCAGCUCCAAUGUUGCUCCCUCGAAAAGCAAGGGUAGAUGUGGAAAUAUCAGGAUACACAAUUCCAAAGGGUGCUCAAGUUUUGAUCAAUGAAUGGGCUAUUGGUAGAACAGACAUAUGGGAGGAUGCUCAUUUGUUUUCACCAGAGAGGUUUAUAGGAUCUGAAAUAGAUGUGAAAGGACAACACUUUAAGCUUACACCAUUUGGUAGUGGAAGACGUAUAUGUCCAGGAUCACCAUUGGCAGUGAGGAUGUUGCAUUUGAUGUUGGGAUCAUUGAUCAACUCAUUUGAUUGGAAACUCGAAAAUAAUAUGGAGUUUAAGGACAUGGACAUGGACAAAUCUCUAAGAGCUAUUCCAGUUGCACUAAACAAAGUGUAUUAAGUAUUUGAGGAAAGUAAGCUCUUUGUGUAACACCUCUAAUUUAAGGGGUGCAUUAUUUAUCUUUCUUUAUUUUUCUCUAAAUAAUUCAGUUUGUUGUUUGUGUCGGCUUAAGUGCCUCCCCAGAGUUUGAAGCCUUUGUUUGUGUGUAUUUUUUUGGUUAAGGUGUUUUCGUUGUUUCAAUAUUUAGCUACACUAUUAUAAAUAAAUGUUUUUAUUUCGGUUGAAAAAGAUAUUUUAUUUCGGUUUGAUUGGCAAAGUAAAGAUAAGUGUUAUGAAA